UACCUGAUCACCGAUCAGGUUCAAAAAAACCAUGUGGCUUCUCACGUUGCUUCUUACGUGUGUUUACGUUUAGAAAAGUAUUUUAAAAGUUAAAAGUUUUCUUAACUUUCAACCCACGAUAAGUUAAGAACAGUUUCACCGGCUGAUAGUAGAAGAUUGGAAUGUCCGUAAAAUGAUUUCAACCGGAGAGGAAGUUGUGCUGAAACGGGUCGCUGGCGGUUCCAUCACCGAACACAGACCUUUGUUCUCCAGCGAUUCGCUAUCUCUGUACAUAAUCUGGGACGACGGCGUGCGGCAGUACAGCACGAAAACUGGCCAUUUUGUGCAGAAACUGGAAACGCCGACCGAUGCGAAAAUCGUCACUUUGAUCGCCAACCCCUCUGAUUCAAAUUUACUUCACGCAUUUACAUCGGCCGGAGAGCUGAUCACCUGGAAACAAGACACGGGUGUCUUUGAAAACAAAAAGAUUUUGUCUCUUCACUUGUCGGAAGGAAAGAAAAUUUCUGGCUUCCACUGGGCAACACAAAAGAGCGGCAUUGUUGUUGUUGAAAAUUUAGAGAAGUCCAUUAAAAAGUUUGUCAAAUAUGAUUUCGACUCAAAUGAGAAGGAAGAUCUUCCCACCAUAGGACAACUGGGAAUGUUUACUUCCUCAGUUGGUGGUUCUCAAAGUGAAGUUUUUCUGGCUACAAUCCACAUCUGCAACUUGCGAAUAAUAAAUUUAAAAACUUUAGAAAAAUUCAAGCACAAAGUGAACCCGGACUGGGGUAACUUCACCUGCGUAAGAGCCCAUCCUAAAUUGAACUUGGUGGCCACUUGCGACAAGUCUGGUCGAAUCUUGCUCUGGAGGGACAUAAUGACUCUUCAAAGCAUCAAAACUCUGCACCAUUGGCACAAACUGCCAGUCAAUGACAUCGUUUUCACCGACCAGGCCAGCAGUUUCUAUUCCGGCGGCCGAGAGACCGUUUUGGUCAAGUGGUGGCUCGACGGCAGCGACUCGAAAGAGUUCCUUCCAAAUAUGGAAGCCACGAUAAAAAAUAUCGUCAUCUCACCUGACAAUAAAUACGUAGCUACAGGAAUGUCAGACAAUGCAAUCAACAUUGUAAAUUCCCAAAUGAAAAUCUGCCAGACCAUUCAGCACGUUUCAACGCACUUCGAAGACAGGGCAGAGGCAAAGUCUGUGUUAGCAAGAAUGGCCUUUGACCCAAAGACAAAAGCAAUUGUGGUCAACGGUCGCUCGGGACACGUUCAAUUCUACUCAAUUGAAAACCAGUCCUACCUUUUCUUACUAGAUGUUGUGCAUCAAAAUUUCUUAAAUCAAGAAAGAGGUGUUGAAAUGGUGAACACUGAAGUUGUGAUGACGGCAGUUUCCAGUGAUGGAAACUGGCUUGCAACGGUAGAAGAGAGAGACGAUGGAAAACAUCACUACGAGUGUCGACUCAAAUUUUGGAGCUGGGAUUGGCAGCACAGGUUUAAGCUGCAAACAAGUGUUGAAAACCCACACCAGCGCAAAGUGAACGACAUCAUCUUCCAACCUGCUUUCGAAGAAAACUGUUGCAGACUUAUCAGUACAGGAAUGAACUCAAAAUUCAUCAUCUGGUUUAAAACUGAAGAGAACAAUAACUGGGAGCUGGAGUUUGUUGGAAAGUUGGAUGAACUUGUUCCCAGACCUGUCGAUUUUUCCCGUGAUGGCUCCAUCUUUGCUGUGGGCUUUGAAAACUGCUUGUCCGUUUGGGACUCUCGAAGUAAUGAGAUGAAGAGCUGUUUGACCAGACCCGAUGCACCCGAGAGAAUCAACUUCAUCAAAUUCGGCAAUGACCAGUCUAGCAGAUAUUUGGUAGCAGCCAGUGACAGAAAAAUCUCCACUUGGGACUUAAUUACUUUGCAGCUGGUGAGGAUGAUUAGAUUGAAAGUUUCUUUCUUGGCAGCAAACCCAACAAACGAUCACAUGGCAGCAUUUGCUGAAAAUGGGGAGCUGGUUGUAUUCUCGCCUUCUGAAAGUUGUCCUAUUUUUAAGAAGAAAAUAUUGACUGAUGUGAAAGUUAGUUCUGCGUUGUACUUGCCACACAAUGAGGUGCAGAAAACAAAAAUUUCCUGGCAACGUCGAGCACAACUUUACUUCAUGACAGAAAAUCAGGAAAUUUAUACAUUGAAGUCGUCGGAUGAUUUGCGAAUUGACGAAACCAGCCCUCUUGUUUUUCCCCAAGACGAAAAUGCAUUUGCAACGCCGCUGGCUGCGUUCGUGGCAAAACAAACUCUGUCUGAAGUGAAAAAGAUCGAACCUUUGCCCAUGUGGAAACAACAAGUUAACGCCCACCAGGGUUCUUUCUUAAAAAUGAUGUGCGAAACUCCAGCCCAUAUGCUUCCACCGGUACAAUUAUUAGUCGGGGAUCUAAUCCAGGAAUACCUCAAUAUCCAAUCUGGUGCCAAACUGAAACCAAGAGAAGAGGUAUCUCGAGUUGUCGCUAUGGAAUUUGUCGAGGAAAGUUCUUCUGAUUCUGACGCUGAAGAAAUAAAUAAGAAGGUAAGGAAAAAGAAGAGCAAAUCAGAGUCGAAAAAAUUGCUCCCUGUUGAAGAGAGCAAUCUUCAAUCCGUGGCUAGCAUCGAGUACGACUGGGUUCAAAUGCUUUUUGAUUCUAUCCCAAUGACUUCAGACGAAGAAAAUUGAACAUGAAAAUAAAUAAAAAAUAACUUUUUUAAAUAA